GGGGAGAGCACGUUCCUCAGGCUUACUCAACUCAUUCACUCACUCUCCCACUCUCUCCCUCUCUCGUCUCACCAACAAACGCACUCCCAAUCCCUCUCUCUCGCUCCAAGACACUACCUUGAACGUUCUGGAGAGGGUAUUGAAUACCUAUAUUAUUUGAAUGCUAUUGAACUAUUGUUGUAUUAGAUUCAGCUACUCUGAUCAAAAGUUCCAAGUAGCACGGGCUAUGGCGAGCCCGUAGUGGACUUUUAGUACUGAACUGAUUUGAUAAAGUGGUAUACAGUGGUUAUCGGUGAUGUUGUCUCACUUAUGGUGGCUGGAAAUAUCGUAAUGUUAUACCUCCGAGUGCUGGACUCUGAAAACAAAGCUGUGUUUGUGAUCUGUUAGUAUUCACGCGGUUUUAACGCUACUUGGCAACGAAGCACUCUAUUUGUAAACAAAAAGUACACUAGAUAAACACACUAAUUUGAAUUACUCGUUAUUUGAAACCUCAGUGAUAAUUAUAGUGACAUUAGGGAACGCUAAUGUGCCAACGCUUAGUAAUCUAGCCCAAUCUAAGCCUGCGUUAUCGUUUGGAAUUGAAGCGCGGGUCAAGAAGUGUGAGUGGACUUGCUGAGUGGGACUUUCACUCACUAAUUGUUGAGAUGCAGCGAGCGAGGACCUGACCUUGCUGCCCGGCCGCCCGCUGCCUCCACACUGCCACACCCGCUCACAACACUGAUCUGGAUCAGCUGUUACCAGGGCUACCAACCCCUAAUACUAGGUUGGAUCAGCUGAUGUCAAUGUUACCAACCACAACACAACAGCGGAUCAGCUGAUGCCAGUGUUGCCAACCACAACAAAACAACGGAUCAGCUGAUGCCAGUGUUCCCAAGCACCGGUGUUGGUAUAUCUUGAGGUGUGUGUGAGUGAAGGAGGGAGCUGCGUCCACAUGCCGUUACUAGGAUGGGUGAUCCACGCGUCUCAUUUCAUCCCGUCUGCCCCUGUUUUCCCAGCAUCUCAUCAGCGAUAGCAUCAAGUGGAUCUGCAGCAUCACCAAGAAGAGUGGUUGCAGGUGGCACAUAGCCUGCAGGGUUAGAUAUAUGAGACAUCUUAGUGAACUUGAUAUCACAUCGAAGGCCUAGUUGGGUCAUUAGAGAACCAUGAUAACGUGCUGGUGGUACGAGUGAGACCGCCUUGUUUAUGAGAGCCUCUGUUGGAAUGGUCAGCGUCCGGUAGAAAACGGAGCUAGAGACCCGUCAGUAAAUAUCCCCACAGUAACUGGGUACUGCAGUUCUUGUGUCGAAAUAUAUGAAGUGAUAUAUCGUCGUGAAAUCUGUGUGUGGGAACGGAAAGGAGUGCUUAACAAUGUCCAAGAUGAGAAGAGAGGCGCCAGUGCGCUGCGCAGACGUCAUGUCACCGGGAACGCGCAGAAAAGGGCGCAGAUGGCCAACUAAAGCAGGCUUCCUUAGCGCAGUGUUUCUGAUGUUUCUCUCAUGUCUGGGUACCGUUGCUCUCGCGUGCACUUCAGGUCCGAGAAUACGAUGGCGAACGGAUGGUCGAUGUGGACCUAAUUUUCCUUUGGCAAGUCGAGAGGCUUCAGAAUGUGAUCCCAACAGUGAUCGACCUUGUUGUAGUGACUAUGGGUACUGUGGCAACUCCCCGUCCCACUGUGGAUGCCCUGACUGCAUAGACUUCAGGAAUGUCUUCAGGGAACCCGGGUGCUACUACUCAUUGGAAGGUGAGAACGGGUUCUUGGAGUCUCCGAACUACCCUAGCGAGUACCCACCAGGGCGAGACUGCUGCUACGAUAUCCAGAGGCCUUCCCGGAGACAUUGUGGUGUCCAACUCACAGUGGAGAGACUGGACGUUGGACGUGGGGAGGAAGAAGGCUUCUGUCGGCAGGACUGGGUAACCCUCCCUUCGUGUGUCCCCGAGAGAGGUACCAGGAUCUGUGGUAACUCUACCGGACAAAACUUUCAGUACCUGUUCCAGCCUGCAGCUACGGCAAUCAGGUUCGUCUUCCACGCUGGCGAGGUCUCUGAAGGGCGCAAUGGCUUCAGGAUCAGAUAUGAGUUACUGACCAAGUGCUUGGGGCCGUACCAGACGCAGCAGCCUCCAAUCUCCACCAUCCCGGGCACGUCUUCAGCUCCUUGUUAUACAAGGAUCACCGACACCAGGGGCACCGUCAACACGCCCUAUCACCCCAAGAAAUACCCGGACAACCUCGACUGUGUCUACGAGUUCAUCAGACCGAGUCAGGAGGUGUGUGGGGUGAGGAUGCAAUCCGUCACCUUUGAGAUGGAACCUGCUCUUGACACUAUCUUCGGGGGAGCCUGUACGGAUUUCCUACACUUGCCCUCCUGUGGCUUCCUCUGUGGCAAGGUCAACUUUUCUUGGGUUGUGUCCUACCAGCCAGGGGCCACUAGCCUAAAGUUCCACUUCCACUCUGAUGAGGCCACUGGACACACCGGCUUCCUCAUCAACUUCGAGCAUGUGUCCCAGUGUUGACCUGGGCUGACCUCUAUGUUCAACCGAGACCAAGCCACGAGACUAUAGCUACCUUUGAAAACGAGUGAUCUAGUGUUGAUGUGGUUUAAUCUCGUGUCAAACUUCCGUCAAAUGAGGAGACAAAUCUAGAUCGCCUUUGACACUUAUGGCUCAGUGCUGAUGUGGUCAAAGACAUUAGUCAAGGAUUAAACAUGUGUUGAUAAUAUGCAGAAUAUGAUAAAUGAAAGAAAAAUAAUUUCCUGAUAUUUAAGAUCCAAUUAUUAUAUAGUUAUUAGCUUUGAUGUAAAAUAUAGUGAAAUAGUGUGUUUUGGGAAGACAAUGCUGGACAGAACUGAGUCUGAUAUUUGCGAAUACGCAAACAAAUGUGAAUUCAAGGUAUAGGCAUCAAAUGUUAAGCAAUAAUGGGCAUUUGUUCUUUAUUUCUAGUGUGAACUGAGGAAGCUCAUUUAGCGUUGGAAUCUCUGAGCGAUGUAGGGGCUUUGUAAGAAAAAAAAAUCAAGCUCAAUUGAACCUUUGAUACAUAAAAUGGCAUUUGUGUAUGAUAAUAUAAUGUGCGAAUUUAAGCAACAUUUAUUCAUUAUUUUUACGGAUGACAUAUAUUGAGUUUUUGAAUGUAAGGACGAAAGCUAUGUUGUUAUAAUUGAAGAUAUAGCGAAGGAGAGUAUAUAUAUUCUUUAGUAACACUAAUUACUCAUGUUAUAUACUCUUCUUAGGAUACAUGAUUGUGAUUGUAGAUGAAUAUCUGUAAUCAGACUGUUCUCAGGAUUUGAUGAGUGUAAAUCUUGAAAUGGAAAAGACCUGGGGCCAGAUUCACGAAGCAGUUACACAAGUACUUGCGAACGUGUACAUCUUUCCUCAAUCUUUGACGGUUUUGGUUACGUUUAUUAAACAGUUUACAAGCAUGAAAA